AUGGCUCGUCCCUUAGUCCGUUCGUUUGUGGAAGACACAUUGGCUCAGGCGUCCAAAGCAGGUGGGCGGGCAGGGAUCCGUGUCUUUGAAGCCAUUCUGUGCUGCAAUCACGACAGGGUCGUGGAUUUGGACGUGGCCGUCCAUUUGGCAUCCGUUUUGGCCAGACGAUCGAUCAACCAGUACCUCAGGUACGACGAUGCCCACGACCACUUUGGUCGCCGAGGAGACAGGAACGAGAGCCCACCUGAGAAGUGCACUGCCACUUCACCUGACCGCAGCCAUUUUGGCAAUCGUACUGUGAUCGCAAUGUCGUCGCUCCAGCAACGGUUGCGUGCCAUUCAGACACCGAUCGAAGUGGAGGUUCAAGACCUGAGCCACCUCACCUUAGAGGAACUAUCUCAGGAGAAGGUGUCGUUUGGCCAGAAACAUCUGGGCCAACCAUAUGCCGAGGCAUGGAAGGACCAGGAGUGGGUGACCUUCAUGGUGUCUCGAUACGGGGGCAGCACGAAGUUGGAACACCGAAGGUUCAUGAAGUACAUCGACUUGAAGGUGACCCAGCACGAGACCCACCAGAUGCCAAUCCCGGUAGUGCCGCCGGACAGUGUACCACUGCAGCCAAGUGCCAAAGCAUGCAGCCCAGGCAUGAUCGCCGCGGCCAAGCCCAAGGCUCGAGGAGGACAUUCCCGAGCGAUUCACCUCCCCGACAUGGAGGAGGGAGGAUGGUCCAUGGAGCCCGGUAUGGAACCCGGGAUGUACACCUCAGCGACUAUGACCUCCGGUGGGAACCAGGAGAUGGAGGCAAUGCAGCAACGCAUUCUCAACAUGGAGAACGCACUCACUCGAGUGAUUCGUCAUCUCGAGACGCAGCAUGGGACAACAGCCCCUCCGAUGACAUCCCUGGAGACAUCCGACACAGACUGUAUCCAAAGGAGACCCAAUUUGCCGAGGGACAACCAGGUCCACUGUGCCGAGGACACUGCGCUUGCUGGCACUCACCGAAUCCGAAAGCCAGCCAGUUUUGCCCGAUCGGAAGUGAUCUCGCCAGAAGCCAAGAAUGAAACCGAAAUCAAACGUAGACGCCUUUCUGGCAAACAAGGCGAGUCACAGCCUUUGCAGAUGUAUCAGUCCACCAUGACUGCCCUCUCACAACAGAUCAAUGUAACCAUGUUUGCCCGUGACUUCGCAACCGCGAGAUCCUCCGAACAAGCAUCCGGCAGUCAAGACAUGCCGACAGUUCCCCAGACCGACUGCGCCGGCCAAGUUCCAAGUGCAGAUGAUGCCACACCAGAGCAUGGGGGAAAGCUCUUCCGAAGCGCUCCAGAACACAUCCGCCUAGCAUUGCCAGAGGAAGGUCAGGGAGAGAGCUGUGAGAUGCCCAGUUCGUUUGUGGAAGACACAUUGGCUCAGGCGUCCAAAGCAGGUGGGCGGGCAGGGAUCCGUGUCUUUGAAGCCAUUCUGUGCUGCAAUCACGACAGGGUCGUGGAUUUGGACGUGGCCGUCCAUUUGGCAUCCGUUUUGGCCAGACGAUCGUUGCCGACCGCUGGAGGGGAAACAGUUGAGCGCUUGGGAGCGCGUGCAGUUGAAGGCCACGGGCAGAGCGCGCCCGCAGCAGCUCCAGCUCCAAGCGACGCACUUCCUCCUGGACCAUGGCGCCGAGGGAUUUGA